GCCUUUUCCUGUUGCGCCUAUAAAUAUAUGGGGUGAUGAAACCUCAAAAUCCACCAUAGACAAGCAUUUGAGCUCAAAGUACAAAGCACUGAAGACCUUCUCUCUUCUGUGCAUUAAUUGUUACUAGAAGUUCAUUUUUCCGAAUGGAUAGGAUUAAAGAUUUGGCAUCGAAGAAGGCAGCAGUGAUCUUCACAAAGAGCUCAUGUGACAUGUGCCAUAGCAUCAAGGCACUGUUUUAUCAACUUGGUGCUAGUCCGGCGAUUCAUGAGCUUGACCAAGAACCAAGUGGGAGAGAAAUGGAGAAGGCCUUGCAAAAGCUCGGCUGCAGCCCUUCUGUCCCUGCUGUUUUCAUCGGGGGAAGAUAUGUUGGCUCGUCAAAAGAUAUCAUUUCUCUUCACCUUGACGGGUCCCUUAAGCAAAAGCUCAUUGAUGCUGGAGCUAUCUGGUUCUAGCAGUAGCUUAUAUUAUGAUAUAGUUAAACUAACCAAGCUCUUGGUACCAUGUCAUAACAAAAACUGGUAUUGAGGGCCCUUCUUUCCUUCUUUUUUUCCCCUUUUUUGCGCUAGUUUCAAGUGAAUAGGUUGUCUAAAAGGCCAGACUAUAUAUGGGCACGGCCAAUCAAGUGUUUCAAAAUUCUCCCAGAAUUUUAUUUUCUUAUGUAUGUUAGAGAUUUGAAACCAAAAAAAUAAAUUAAUUAAAAGAACUGCGAAGUUUCUGACUA